UUGUUUUUUUUUUUUUUUUUGUUUUUGUUUUUAGGAGUUGCAAAAAGUACUCGAUUCGGGGAAACCACUACCUUCGCCCGACGCCAUCCUCAUAAAUGGCCGGACCCGAUCUUCCUUCACCGGUGACCAAGGUAGACAGGCGCCUUUCGUGCUAAAUCUACGUUCAAAAAAAUGGAGUUUAUUGAAAUUUUUGUCUUAUUUUUUUUUCUUUCUCAAAUUGAUAUGAUUUGUGUAGGUAAAACGUACAUGUUUAGGGUUUCGAACGUGGGCUUGUCGGCCUCGUUUAACUUCCGAAUUCAAGGGCAUAAACUAAAGCUCGUAGAGGUCGAAGGGUCCCACGUCAUCCAAAACAUGUACGAUUCUCUCGACGUACACGUGGGUCAGUCCGUGACCGUCCUCGUCACGUUGGACCAAUCCGUAAAAGAUUAUUACAUAAUUGCGUCUACAAAGUUCCUUACGCCGGUCCUUACGGCUGUUGCAGUGUUGCACUACACCAACUCCCGGACCGGUGUUUCGGGGCCCACCCCGGCGGGCCCCACAGACGAAGCGGCGUGGUCAAUGGACCAAGCCAGAUCCUUCAGGUGGAAUCUAACAUCGAAUGCUGCGAGACCUAACCCUCAGGGCUCGUUCCAUUAUGGGAAUAUAAAAAAAUCGAGAACUAUUAUCCUAGCUAAUUCGGCAGCUAUUAUCAACGGAAAGCAAAGAUUUGCAGUUAAUCAAAUCUCUUACAACAACACCGAUACCCCUCUAAAACUUGCCGAUUAUUUCAACAUCACCGGUGUUUUCACACUCGACUCAAUCAAGAGCGCUCCGCCGGGCGGGCCCUACACCAUAGCCACGUCAGUGAUCGGAACUUCACUCCACGAAUUCGUCGAAAUUGUGUUCCAAAACAACGAGGAAAUAAUUCAAUCGUGGCAUCUUGACGGUUACGAUUUUUGGGUUGUUGGAUUCGGGAUGGGACAAUGGACGCAAGUUAGCAGAAACGGAUACAAUCUCGUCGAUGCUCCAACAAGACACACUACACAAGUAUACCCUAAAUCUUGGACAGCUAUAUUAGUAUCGUUGGACAAUCAAGGGAUGUGGAAUUUGAGGUCCGCGAAUUGGGGAGGACAAUAUUUAGGACAGCAAUUAUAUCUGAGGGUUUACAAUCCAACGAAAAGUCUUUCAAAUGAAUAUAAUAUUCCGACCAAUGCCCUCCUCUGCGGUAGAGCCGUCGGAAGAAAACAUCCUUAAAAUCUAGUCUCGGGACUAUUUUUA